UGUUAGUUGAACAUACUAGACGUCACGUAGUAAAUCCUGUAGUGAACGAGUGCGUUUAUAAAAUGGUGUCAUUAACGUUAAAUAAUCCUGUCGUGCAAGCAUAUAUCGUGCAUUCUGCGAUAUUAGCCCUCAAGUUAUUAUCACUAACAGUUCUUACAGCACUAGCACGUAUGACACGAAGAAUAUUUGCUAAUCCAGAGGAUGCGAAAAUGCUCAGAGGAGGAAAGGUCAAGUACGAUGACCCUGUCGUUGAGAGAAUUCGCCGAGCCCACUUGAACGAUUUGGAGAAUAUUCCGGCAUUUUGGAUACUCGGAGCGUUUUAUGUGACUACUGGACCGGCAGCAACAUUCGCAACGCUUCUUUUCCGAUUGUUUACCGUGUUCCGUAUUCUGCACACCAUCGUUUACGCUGUUAUCCCAUUACCUCAGCCUUCAAGAGCUAUAGCUUUCGGCAUACCUUACAUCAUAAUGCUGUACAUGGGUAUCCAAGUAAUCCUGUAUUAUGUCACAGCACUUGAUCCUGCCGUGCAAUCGUACAUUUUAUAUUCGGGUAUUUUGGGUUUAAAAUUAUUGGCCGUUACAAUAUUAACCGGCAGAGUGCGUUACGCUAAAAAAGUGUUUGCAAAUGAAGAGGACGCGAAGCGCACAAAGGGCAAGGUGAAGUACGAUGACCCCGACGUUGAACGAGUGAGACGCGCUCACUUGAACGAUCUCGAGAACAUUCCAGUGUUUUGGGUGCUUGGGGCACUCUAUCUUACAACAGCACCUGAGGCUGCCUGGGCAACUCUGCUGUUUCGAGUGUACACAGCUGGACGAAUACUUCACACUAUUGUGUACGCAGUAAAACCAUUACCUCAACCGGCGCGAGGCAUCGCCUUUGGUAUUCCUUUCAUAAUUACUGUGUACAUGGGUUUCAAAGUAGUUACACAUUUUAUAACUGCUUUGUAGCAAUAUAUUUGGUAUGUUUCGACUGUGAAAUAAUUUUGUAAUGGAUGAAAUGGUUUUUUUUAUUAAAUGGUUGA